AUAACACUGGACUAGAUGAUUCCGGAAGUAUUGACAGGGGAACACCAGGGGUUUCCGGUUGAUUUUGUAUUUGAAAAUUUUGAAAGCUGGAGCGAGAGGUCGGCAGACAUGUCCACGCUGUUCCCCUCUCUCUUCCCCCGGAUAACGGAGUCCCUGUGGUUCAAUCUUGACCGACCUUGUGUGGACGAGACCGAGCUGCACCAGCAGGAGCAGCAGCACCAAACCUGGCUGCAGAGCAUUGCUGAGAAAGACAACAACCUGAUGCCGAUUGGGAAACCUAUUUAUGAGUCAUCUGGCUUUACUGUGGCGCAGGCGGGAUAUGAUGAAGAAGAAGAAGAGGAUGACGAGGAUGAGGAAGACAGCGAGGAAGACUCGGAAGAUGAAGAAGACAUGCAGGAUAUGGAUGAGAUGAAUGACUACAACGAGUCACCUGAUGACGGCGAGAUCAAUGAGGCGGACAUAGAGGGACCAGACCAAGACCAGUGGAUGAUUUAAGACAAAAGUCAAUUUUAGUCUCCAUCAAGCUGUCUGGCACUGGAUUUUUACUCCCCAUUUAAAACACGACUGCUGUCCCCUCAGUCUGUGACAGAGAUAUGUUUUUAUAUUUGUGUAAACAGGAAAAGAAUAUGAGUGAAUCACAGCUUGAAUCAUGAUGUUCUUUAGAGGGAGUUUGGAUACAUCCAGCACAAAGUGUCUCAUUUCAGGCUGCAGUUGGCCUUGACACGUGACAUUGUUGGACAUCACUGUGUGUGUUGCUAACUGGCAUGCGCACACACACACAGACACACACAGACACACACACACACACUCACACAGACACACAGAGAGUGGUGGGAGUAGGCAUCAGCCCAGUGGUCCUCAUUUACACUUUGACCUUGUCAUGUCUUCAGUCAUGUGCCAUUUCUCAGCUGACAGAGCAGAAACAACAGUUAAGUCAGCUAAAUAAUUUGUUACCUAUAAAGGAGGCUGACAGAUACUUCAUCACAUAGUAAGAUUCUGUUUCAUAGUGUUGUGUAUGCUGCUGAUCUUUUGUUACAGAUAUACUACCAGUUAAAAUGUCAUAAAAACUUGCAAAAAAGUAUUAUGUUCGGACAAUUCAUCAGUUGUUAUUUAAAUACAUUUUGAUAAUUAUUUUUAAAUAUGUUAAAGGUAAGAGCAGCCAUUACUUUUGAAGAAUGUCAUUUUAAAUAAGAAUUCACACUGUCCAUUCAAAUGUUUUCCUUUAAGGAUUGCUUACCAAGUCUUUGAUUAAUUGUACUA